UUUUUUUUUUUUUUACCAUAAUUUGGGUUGUUGCACUUGUUUCCCUUCAUUUCGAAGGUUUCUUCUACAGUUCAUUCGAGAAAACAACCAAAAUCGUUCGCUUCCAGAAUCCAAUUUCAAAUUCCCAAAUCAGAGCGCAACGCCUGAACCUUUUUUCUCAAGACAAUUUGAAGUUCGAUUUAUAAGGGCUGUUUGUCUGCCGAGAAAACGAUGCAGAAAAUGGCACAGGGAUGGUUCACGCAAGGGGGUAGUAGUGGCAGUGAUAAUCAGCUCAAAACUUCCUCUUCCUUGCUCGCUGAUUGGAAUUCUUACGCAGAAUCCCAAGCUGCUGAUGAUAGCACCUCCAGUUUGGGAAUUGGAUUCGAUCUCGAAAGUGCUGUUAGGUCCGCCAAUGAAACUGUUUCAGGAACUUUCAGCGUGGUUUCUAAAGGAGUGAGAGAACUUCCUGGAAACUUCCAAUCUGCCACUAGCAAUGUUCCCUCAGGAAAAGCCCUGAUGUAUUUUGGUUUGUUUCUAGCAACUGGGGUUUUCUUUAUUUUCAUUGCGUUUACCAUGUUCCUCCCUGUCAUGGUUUUGAUGCCUCAAAAGUUUGCCAUCUGCUUUACCCUUGGGUGCUGCUUCAUCAUUGGAUCCUUCUUUGUACUCAAGGGUCCAAAGAAUCAGCUUGCACAUAUGUUCUCAAAAGAGAGACUUCCUUUUACGGUGAUCUUUAUUGGUAGUAUGUUGGGCACCUUAUACGUUUCCAUGGGGCUCCACAGCUAUAUUCUCUCCGUUAUCUUCUCUGUAUUACAGGUUCUUGCACUUGCAUACUAUGCUGUUUCAUAUUUCCCCGGUGGGUCUACUGGGAUGAAGUUUCUGUCAUCUGCUCUUACGUCUUCGGUAAUGAAAUGUUUCGGUAGGUGAUCUCAACUCCAAUGUGGCAUUCACUAGGUGCACUGCAAAUUUUUCUCCUGAUUAGAGAUCUAUGUUAAUGUUCGUAAAGUUUUGGAAAUGAUCCAUAACAUGUCGCUGAAUGUAUAAACCAAAAGUAUUAGCAACAGGCGCCAUUUUUCUGCGUUCUUUUCUGGUUGUUCUCAUCCCCAUCAUAAUAUUGACUGAGUUAUUCAGCAACUGUAGAGAGGAGGUCCAUUAGUGGGACAAAGUUGUGAAGGCUUUGGGGCAUUAAUGAUGUUAUUUUCUGCCAUCACAAUUUGAGGGCAAUAGAGAAUGAAAUUAGAUUACUUCAUCCAGCUGACUUUCUUAUUAUAUAUUGUCCAUUCUUUUAUGAAAAAGUUACCAAACUCUCUCAUAAGGAUUGUUUCUAUAUGAAUUGAUGGUAAAUUGAUAACU